UGUUUCCGGCGGAGCCGGGGCCCGGCAGCAGCGGGAACAUGGCGGCGCGCUGGGCUGCCCGCUGCCGGCGGGGCGGGCGCCGGUUCAUCUCCACACCAGCUGUUUCUCGACUGACGUCAGAUGAAGUGGUUCUGAUGCGUAAUGAACUCUUCACCAAAGAGAAGGAGAGGCAGUUGUCUCUCUAUCCACGAAUUGAGAAAAUCGAAGUAAAAUACACUGGGAAACCACACCCUGGCAGUGUGUUUGUCAUGAACAAAGCCUUGUCUACUCCGUACAAUUGUGCCAUGCACUUAAGUGAAUGGCAUUGCAAGAAAUCUGUUCUAGCUCUUGUGGAUGGUGAAGUCUGGGAUAUGUACAGACCCCUGACCAAAUCAUGUGAAAUUCAGUUCCUUACUUUCAAAGAUGAAGAUCCAGAGGAAGUAAACAAGGCCUAUUGGCGUUCUUGUGCCAUGAUCAUGGCAUGUGUGUUAAAGCGGGCAUUCAAAGAUGAGUACUCAGUGAAUCUGAUUAAAUCUCCAGAACUACCAGUGAUCUCUGGAGCUUUUUGUUAUGAUGUAAUUUUGGACCACAGACUGAAUGACUGGAAACCAACAAACGACAGCUUCCGUUCCCUUACAAGGGAUGCCACAAAGCUAAUUCAGAAAGACCUGCCAUUUGAAACACUGCUUGUUGAAGCAAAAGUAGCACGUGAAAUGUUUCAGCAUAACAGAUAUAAAAUGGAGAUGAUAGAACAAAAAGCUUCUAAGAAUAUGGAAGGAAUUGUAACAUUACAUAGGUUUGGUGACUUUGUAGAUGUUAGUGAAGGCCCUCAUAUUCCAAGGACAGGUUUCUGUUUCCAGUAUGAGAUAACAGCAGCCCAUAAUCUUCAGACUAACCAAUCUGAAUUGAUAAGGAGGUUCCAGGGUGUGUCCCUGCCAGUCCAUUUGAAGGCUCACCACACUGUGUGGCACAAACUGCUGGAAAGAUCAAAGAGGCUGGUCACAGCUGAAAAAUAUUUAGAAGCAGCAGCAGAAUGUCAUGAAGCAAAAGAUGGAACUGAAGAAGGAAAAACUGUAUCAAGUUAAAUUAACCUCUAAAUAUUUACUGGCACACAGUGAAGUUUGAAGUCUGUCAAUGUACUAACAGCCUGCUGGCCUCUGGUUUAGUUUGCUGUUAAAUCUGACACAUCUUUAAAGUAUAGCCUGUGCCUUCUCAGGGUACUUGAAAAACUAAUUAUUUUUCCUCUUGAAUGAUGUUGCAGAGGACUUUUUAUCAUGGUAUCAGAUGCUUACUGUUUUAAAUAAGAUUCUUAAUUCAAGGUUUACAUUAAGAGUACACACACACAUUCUGUAUGUUUUCUUAAGACUAUCAGUGAUCUUUGCAUUGAACUUCAAAUAUUUGUGUUUCUUUUAAACCUAACCUUCCAGAGUAUACUUUGUCUUUGAACCUGCAGCUCUGGUGCUACUGAAAAAGCAGGCAUUGGUUCCUGUCUUGAGGAACAUAAAAUUUGCCGAGUUUUUUGUUUGUUUUAUUUUUUUGGAGGUACCUGCCAUCUCUGAUUAACCCAAGACCAUACUGAAAUUAUGCCAGUGGGGUCUGAUCUAGGUGGUCUGUUUUGAAUCUGAAGCCAGUCAUAUCACCAACCCACACAUUCUCCUGAUGUCUGCUUUGUAUUUUGGGAAUCCAGUUGAGAAUUCCUCCUGGAUUCCACCACCUGCAGAGGAAGGUGAGAAUGCUGCUUCCCCUUAGGAAUUUUUUUGGCUUAAGCUGGAAUUUCAUGUUUCAGAGCUUUUUUUUUUUUUUUUUUUUUGAGGGGAAGGGAACUUGGCUUUUGUAGUGUAAGGAACGGUUUGAGAGGCGUAUAGCUGGGCUGAAAAGUCUGGAGAGGGAAUUCCCCUUUCCUGACCUUCACUGGGACUGUGGCAGGCAGGUGUGGGACAAGCAAGGGGGGUGAGUUUGCUCCGGGGCCUGGGGAACCCCCAGAACUGCCACCAGUAGGUGGGAGCAGAGGCCGGGGGAGGAGAGGUGAUGCCUUACCGGCGGGAGAGGAGCAAGAGAGAUGCCCCACGGGGGCACGGGUGAAUCCCCAUGCAAGUGCAGAACUAUGUUACCAGAAAUGCUGUUGAGGGCUGCCAGCUGAAGUUUAGGUGAGAUUAAAAUUCCCCACUUCCCCGGAGGUCUUUGCAUAAAAAGGUGGAAGCUGAAACUUCUGCAGAACUUGGUGCUAGCUCACAUCACGGUUUACGUGGGCUCCAGGAGGCAGGUCUUCCUUUGGGAGAGAUGGAGCUGGAGGAUGUCUGUGAAAAGUGCCAGGAUUCUUGCAGAGGACAGUAGCAGUUAAAGGAGAACUGGGUUAUAGAAGGUAGUGUCCACUUCUUUCUUACCACCAAUAUGGUGGUGACAGCACUUUUCGAAGUAGGAAAUGUGGAUUUCAUUCCCUGUUCUCCCAGGGAGGGAUUCAGAGCCGCACUUGCCGGGGGGAAACAUCUGUGGGGUUUUUGGCAGGGAUGGAUUAUAAGGUACUUCAAGUAUGUAUGAAGUGAUACCACUGCUAGAAAACAGUCCUGAACAUUUCUUGGAUGAACAUGACAACAGAUGGAAACAGUGCUCAUGGCAGCCACAGAGCAACAAGGAGAUCUGGUCCCUGAGCUCAGGGCCAUUUCUGUAUUUCACCGUUAAUUGUUACUGUAUGAAAUGCUGAUACUGUCUAGCAAGAGAAAUGUUACAGCAGCUAGGCUGGGGUAAUGCUUCCUUUCUCUUUUUGGCUUAAGGAUUUCUGAAAUUUAGCUGAACUGCAGGGUGAUACCAGCCUGGCUGGCUAUUUGGGGCUGUGCUCUGACAUACACCUAGCACUAUAGCUGUAUACCAGACUUAAAGCUAUGGGGUAAUAUAAAAUAUCAAAAUGAGUUUGGGUAGGGCAAAGCUCUGGCUGGGUGUGGAUUUUAGAUUUGUGUGCACUGUCCUGCCUACCAUGGGGCCUGGCCCAAUGUUCUUUAUUGGAAGUAGCCAAAAGAGACCACUGUAGGUCAGUUCAAAAAGAGACAAGAAAGCAGAUAGC